AACUCACAGAAAAACAUGCAUCUUCCUUCCUUUCCUCUCUGCAUCCUCCUCGUGCUCUUAAGCCUGCAGCUUCUUGAUGCAUAUCCCAUCAGCAAUGGCUUGACCGACAAUGAUGUUGACAUCUUAAAGGUGCUCCUUCACAGACUAGAAGAUUCUAUUCUUGAGCAGACUGAGGUCAACCAGGAAGUCCCUGCAGAAAGGGAAAGUCUUCGCGAACUGAAUGUGGAAGAGACUGCAGACAUUGAGCGGCCUGGUAUUGGAUUGGAUGAGGCUGCAAUCAGAGAGUUUCUAUCAGCCAAAAACCUGAAGACUGUCCGGAAUGACUCUUCCAAGAGGUCCUCCGGCUGCUUCGGUCGACGGAUGGACAGGAUUGGCUCCAUGAGCUCUCUGGGCUGCAAUACUGUUGGCAGAUACAACUUCAGAGUCGCUGCCCAGGUCCAGCAAACCCAGGCGACCCGACCGACCCCCCCAGGCCAUGGAGGCACCCAGAGUGCCACGCCCAGAGAACUGCAGCAUCCACAAGGCACCGCGCCUGCCCAGAGGCCCAGACGGGUGCUGGCCAGAUCCACUGAAGUGCCAAUGCCAGCCCCUGGCAGAUGA